AUGUCUAACGAAAGAACUUUUAUUGCUAUUAAGCCCGACGGAGUCCAAAGAGGAUUGAUCUCCUCCAUCCUCGGCAGAUUCGAGAACAGAGGCUACAAGUUGGUUGGUAUCAAGUUGGUUCAACCUACUGAGGACUUGUUGAGAACUCACUACGACGACUUGCAAUCGAAGCCUUUCUUCCCUUCGUUGUUGUCUUACAUGUUGUCGGGACCUGUCUUGGCCACUGUGUGGGAAGGUAAGGACGUUGUCAAGCAAGGUAGAGCCAUUUUGGGUGCCACCAACCCAUUGAACUCUGCUCCAGGUACCAUCAGAGCUGACUUUGCCAUUGACAUGGGUAGAAACGUGUGUCACGGAUCUGACUCUGUUGAGUCUGCCAACAAGGAGAUUGGUUUGUGGUUCAAGAAGGAGGAAUUGGUUGAGUACAAGUCAGCCAUGUUCUCGUGGAUCUAUGAGUAG